CUUCAACCUCCGCCGCAACAAGAUCCUCUCCAUCCGGCGCUCCAAGAUCUCCAACAAGUUCUCCUCCAUCGGGAAGCUGCGCCACAGGAAGCGGUGCCACAAGUGCAAGCCUCGCAGCCACAGGUCCUCCUCCACGUGCAUGGACCCCGCGUGCGGCCUUGACGGCGACUGGGACGACAAGCUGUCCCCCUACAGCAGCGUCAAGACGCAGUCCACCCAGUGCACAGACGACUGCAAGGGCGCGUGCACGUGCAAGUGCGACGACGUCAAGUGCUGCGACAAGGACUCCAAGGAGGAGGUGAAGGUGGUGAGCUUCAUCGAGAUCGAGUCCGACGGGAAGGCGAUGGGCAACGACAACCACGCCUUCGAGGGCGACGGCGGCCGCUGCGACGGCACCAUCAACCGGUGCAGCUUUCUCAACAAGUACCGCAAGAGGCUCAUGGAGAUCCAGAAGGAGGAGGAGGAGAGAGUCGCCAAGAGCAAGCUCCUGAAGACCUCCCAGGGGCUGACGAAGAGCACCAGCACCACGGGGCUGCCCGAGCACGCCGUCUCCAACACCUCCGCGACGCAGAUGCCAGACACAGACAGGUAG